AAAGUUGUAUCAUUUAAAAUUCGUAACAGGGUUAAUUUAAGUAUCAAGAAAUAGAUUAAGUAUCAAGAAAUAGAUUAAGUAUCAAGAAAUCAAAACAUUUUUAUAUCGAUGAUAACACGAUCUUCUCUUUUUUUCAUUUUCGCAAAUUCAUGUUCAAAGGAAGGUGAUAAGACGUGGUAUUAACUUUUACUGGAGACUUAUUGGCGUGACACCGCUAAGCAUUUCGCUGGAACUUGUUUGGUAUCUCUCUCUAGGCAAUGUCUCUCUGUAUUUAUUCUAUUGUAUAUAUUAUCAUCCCAUUUUUAUAUUGUUUCCCAAUUAUAUUAGCUGAUCUGACAUUUCCGAACCUUUUACUGGUUUCUUUCGACGGUUUUCGAUGGGAUUACAUGACUCAUUCAAAUGCUACUUUGAAUAACUUUAAGUGGUUUAUCGAAAAUGGCGUUUCUGCACGACGUGGUCUACAAAAUGCCUUUAUUACGAAGACUUUCCCUAAUCACAUCACUUUAGUGACCGGUAUGUACGAAGAAAGUCACGGUAUAGUUGGUAAUAUAAUGUAUGAUCCUCUUUACAACGAUACCUUUUACGGUUCUAUUGAUCAAAUCAGAGACCCUAAGUGGAUGGACGACGGAGGUGAACCCAUAUGGGUGACUAACCAAAAGCAAAACACAAAGGCUAGAAGUGGAUGUGUUUACUGGGUCGGUGAUGGUGCUAGCAUAAAAGGGUUUAAACCAUACAGAUAUUUAGAAUUUAAUAAAAAUCAUUUGUUGAAUUUUACUAGCAGAAUAGACAAAAUUAUUGAGUGGUUCACAGACCCCUCUUAUCCUAUUAAUCUGGGGUUGUUAUAUUUCGAAGAACCAGAUCAUACCGGGCAUCUCUUUGGUCCUGAUUCACCAGAAAUUGAUAAACAAUUAACUGUCCUUAACAAUGAUUUAGGUUAUCUUAUUCGACGUUUAAACAACACAGGUUUACUUCCCAAAACUAAUGUCAUCAUAACCAGUGACCAUGGAAUGGCAUUUACGCCAGCAGAUAAAAUUAUUAACUUGGAUUUAUACAUCACGCCGUCUAAAUAUCAAAUUUUUCAAAGAAAUCCUAUUGGAAAUAUCCUACCUAAUAAAGAUGUUCCUAUUGAGCAGUUUGUAAAAAAUCUAUCAUCAGUGUCUCACUUACAUGUGUUUCUUAAGGAAGAUAUUCCAGAAAGUGCUCAUUACAAACACAAUCGCCGUAUUCAGCCUUUACUGUUGGUUCCCGAUGAAGGAUACACUCUCAAUUCAUCACAUUAUAGCUACCACAGACAAGGAGAACAUGGCUACAACAACUCUUUACUUGAUAUGCAUCCAAUUUUUAUGGCUUCUGGGCCAAGCCUUAAGAAAAACUUCUCAGUUGACAUGUUUGAAAAUGUUGAUUUAUACCCUUUGAUGUGUACACUUCUUGGUUUAAAACCUUCUCCUAAUAAUGGUAGUAUGAAGACUGUUCAAGCAUUUCUUAUCCCUAAAUAUUCAAGCAGCUUUACAACAUUUAUUACAUACAUCCUAAUUCUGUCUCUUACUGCAACAUUGGUUGGCAUCUACACUGUAGCUUCAUGUCGGCAACAGAGAAUGAAACACAAACACAUGUCAUUUUACACAUCUGGCAUAAAAUUCUUGGUUGCAUCGUCUGUUCAUCCAACUCAAACAUCUUUACUCUCUGAUUCAGAUGAUGAUGUCAUUCCAUAGAAUACAUUUGCUUUGGGUUUUUUCACACGAUGCUCUCCGUCUCUGUUAUCGCAAAGGAAAGUGGUGUUUGUUGUUUUUGUUUUGAUUUUCCAAGCAUUUAUCUAUACGAGACAUAUGUUGUGGUAUAUACGUACAUUGUUAUUUCUGUCCUCGCCAGUUUUGUUUUGGAUUCCAGUUGGAGAGGUUCAGUUAAGGGACGGAUUUCAUUACAGGAAUUAUUGAAGAAAAGAAAUUUGUUGAUCAUGGAUUUUUAUAUUCCUCUCUCUCUCUCUCUCUCUCCCUAUCUGUCUAUCUGUUUGUCUAUCUACCUUCAUACCUACCUAACUAACCCCUCACACACAUACAUGUGCUGAUCUCUGAUCACACACACACAUACAUGUGUAUACGUGUGUGUGUGUGAUCAGUACUUGUAUCUGAAAGAGAAGCGCAUAUAUAUAUAUAUAUUUUCUUUUUAAGAAGUUAAAAGUUGUGGCCAGUCAUAAAGCAACCGUUGGUUCCACAUCUAUAAAAUGCUUAGCAGUAUAGGAGACUUGUCAGACUCAAAUGGUUGAAGGCGCAUAACCUCUCUACAACUGGAGGAAGAAAUAUGCAACGGCCAGUUGCUUUUUUAAAAUUUUAUCUUUUUUUUCUUUGCUUACAAAACCAACUGACUGUUACAUAUUUCUUCCUCCAGUUGUAGAGAGAUUAUGUGCUUUCAGCCAUUUGAGUCUGAUGAGUCACCUGUACUGCUAAGUGCUUUAUAGGUAUGAAACCAAUGGUCAUUCUAUGACCAGCCAUAACUUUUAGCUUCCUAAAAAAUAUAUAUGUGUGAGUGUGUGUGUGUGUGUGUACAUAAGGUCUGCAAAUCUAAUGGAGGCCUCCAAAGACAUUCUAAAAUCCACAUUGAUCAGAACUUAACUGCAGCUCUUGGUGGUCCAAAGCAGAUAUGCAAUUUAUGUGGAUGUCUUUUCAAAACAUUGUCUGGUUUAAAAAGCCAUAUCAGAUGCCAUGAUGGCUCUAAGGUGUAGGUACAGGAGGUGGUCAGAAUCUACAUAAAGAGUAGACAAUCACCAUAUAUUUGUAUGUAUGUAUGUACAUAAGUAUGUAGUGGCAUGUAGCUUAGUGGUUAUAAUGUUCAUAAGAUAGUGGUUUCGAUUCCUGGACCAGCCGACGUGUUGUGUUCUUGAGGAAAACACUUCAUUUCACGUUGCUCCAGUCCACUCAGCUGGAAAAUAUGAGUAAUCUCACAACGGACUGGUGUCCCGUCCAGGUGGGGGGGAUAUAUAAGCCAUGGAAAAUGGGAAACCAGCCGUCUGAGUCUACACGACUCGGGAAGGAACUUUACUUUACUUAUGUAUGUAUGUAUAUAUGUGUGUGUACAUACAUGCAUGUGUUCGUUAGUAUAUGUUUAUGAUUUUAUUUAUUUUCAAUAGUAUGUUGAGUGUAUCCAUGAACAAAAAUUAUUGUAGGUCCUUAUUGAUUGUUCUUUAUUUAUUUAUUGGAAGAGGGUGUAUAUAUGAAGUACGCAUCUUGCUUUGCUUAAAUCCUAGAUUUACUUUACUUGAUAAGACUAUCUUUAUCCAGCAGCCACGAAAAACCAUCUACAUGGUUGCCCCCAUCUCCUAGAAAUAUCAACUACAUUACUCUGAAUCACAAACUACCAUUUAGAAAAAGAAAGAAUACAUUAGACAUUAAUUUUAAUCCUACUUUAUUUAAGUUUUAUCUGUUGCAGCUGAUCUAUGUUAAUCAUAGAGGAAGGGAGCUGGCUACAUAUUCUCUUAGGAGCAGUCAACUAACUGUCAGACCAUUAGAGGACUACCUCUUCUUUUUUUUUUUUCCCCACACAUCAAUAGUAUAGAAAUAACAUGUUUACAUUAUUAUUUAACCCACAGUAAGGCUUUGUAAUAUCUAAAUUUAUUUUAGUCUUAGACAUAUUAAAAAAGGUGGAAUGGUCACAGCUGGGAGACUGAUAACAGGCUUGCUCAGUGAGGGCUGACCUCAAGGCUAAACAAUAACAACUGCAGAGUCAGUAGAGAGUUUGUAACAUUUCCCACUUUUCCAUUUAUCAGUCACUUUUUAUCCAUUCUGUGAUAAAUAUUCAAUAUUGGAGGAUUUUUCGUAACUCUCUUCAGCAUUCAAAUUCCUCUGUCAAAUGUAACACUUGUUUCUUCACAUUGUUUUGAAUUAAUCAUGAAAUUAUCUUGUAGCUUUGAGAUUUUGAUAAUGUGAUUGUUUAUUUUUAGAAUGACAUUGUAGGGUAGGUGUGAGAGGCUGGAUCAGACCAGUUUAAACAUAAAAUGGAAAAUAUUUGGGUUGGAUAUGCUGAAGAGUUAAGCUGCUUUUUGAAGCAGAAUUGACAUGACAUUUCAAUGGAAGUGGUGUCAUACAGCCAGGAGUGGUCUCAGGCAUUUUGAUACCACAGGGUUAUACUGUAGAGAACAGUCAGACUUCUGUAGGUCCAUAUAUGUCAACAAAUAAACAAUAGAUUUGAUCUGGAAUGUAAUCUAGGAAGAUAUAAACUUCAUAUUUCCUCUUGUCCAAGAAUAGUCAAUCAGGAAAAUUAAGAAUCAAGUGAAAAACAUUAAUGAAUUUAUGUCAUUAAAGGUACAUAAUUUAUUUGUUAAAAAUAUAUUAUUUAUACCAUUUAAGGUAUAUAAAUUAUAUCAUGAAGGGUAUAUAAUUUAUAUCAUUAAAAGACAUAAUUUAUAUCCUUAGAGGUAUAUAAAUCAUAUCAUAAAUGUUAUAUAAAUUACAUUGUUAAAGGUAUAUAAUUUAUAUCAUUGACACUAUAUAAAUUAUAUCUUUAAAGGUAUAUAAUUUAUAUUGUUAAAGAUAUAUAAUUCGUAUCAUCAAAGGUAUAUAAUUUUAUAUCAUUAAAGUUAUAUAGUUUAUAUCAUUUAAAUUAUAUAAAUUAUACCAUUAAAGACGUAUAAUUUAUAUCAUUAAAGGUAUAUAAUCUACGCUGUUAUUAUUUGUCUGCUGUGUUUAACAGAAAUUUAUCAAGUUGUAAUUAUUUCUGCCUUGUUUUACAAAGCUUUUUAAUGGCAAAGUUCACUCAAAUGUUUAAUGAAUAUAAAUAGUGUAAAAAGAAAAAAAGAAUGGUUGUACGGGAUACAGGGUUGGCUGUGUGGUUAAGAAGCUUCUUUUGCAACCACAUAGUUUCGGGUUCAGUCCCACUGCAUGGCACCUUGGGCAAGUGUUUUCUACAAUAGUCCCAUUUUAACCAAUUCCUUGUGUGUGAAUUUGGUUGAUGGAAACUGUGUGGAAGCUCAUUUUUAUAUAUACAUAUAUAUGUGCGCGUGUGUAUAUAUAUAUCAUCAUCAUCAUCAUCGUUUAACGUCCGCUUUCCAUGCUAGCAUGGGUUGGACGAUUUGACUGAGGACUGGUGAAACCGGAUGGCAACACCAGGCUCCAAUCUAAUUUGGCAGAGUUUCUACAGUUGGAUGCCCUUCCUAACGCCAACCACUCAGAGAGUGUGUGUGUGUCUGUGUUUGUCCCUGUCAACACCAGCAUUUGACAUCUGGUACUUAUUUGUUUAUGAACCGUAACUUAACAGUUCAGCAAAAGGGACCAAUAUAAUAACUAAGUACCAGACUUUAAAAAACAAAGUACUGGGGGUUAACUUGUUUGAUUAAAACCCUUCAAAGCAGUGCCCCAGCAUGGCCGUAGUUUAAUGAUAGUAACUAAUAAAAGAUAUAUGAAUAUAUACAACCACAUGGUUCUGGGUUCAGUCCCACUGUGUGGCACCUUGGGCAAGUGUCUUCUACUAUAGCCUCGGGCCGACCAAAGCCUUGUGAGUGGAUUUGGUAGACGGAAACUGAAAGAAGCCUGUCGUAUAUAUUUUUAUACAUAUAUAUAUAUAUAUAUAUGUGUGUGUGUGUGUAUAUGUUUGUGUGUCUGUGUUUGUCCCCCUAACAUCGCUUGACAACCGAUGGUGGUGUGUUUACGUCCCCGUAACUUAGCGGUUCGGCAAAAGAGACCGAUAGAAUAAGUACUAGGCAUCCAAAGAAUAAGUCCUGGUGUUGAUUUGCUCGACUAAAGGCGGUGCUCCAGCAUGGCCACAGUCAAAUGACUGAAACAAGUAAAAGAGUAUAU